CUGCCGUUUCGUUCUCCACUCUCACAGGGGUCAAAAAAAAAAAAAAAACCUCUGUCCUCCCUCCGCUGCUCCGCGGGCACCGCUCCCGGUCUCCAGCGAAAACCGCUGCUCCCGCUCGGACCCGCGCCUAGAAGCUUCUGGAUCCGUCACUGGCGCCGAUGGAGAGGCUCGACUCCAAGUUCCACGAGAAGUACACUGCUCUCAAGAAGCGGAAGCUACUGGACGAGGGUCUGGAGCAGGAGCGGGAGGCGCAGUUCAAGGAGCUUUACGAUGCCCUGAAAAAUUGGAAUAGCGAACUCAAGAAAGACAAUGCGGAGCUCAACGAGAUGCUGGUGGACAAGGUGGAUGAGCUCCAGAAGGCCCGUCAGGAAUUCCUUAAAGAUAUCCGUACAAGGGACAGUGAAAUUCUGAGACUGAAGCAGCUCUUAGAUGAGAAGGCUGAAAAGAGCAAUUCUAAAUCUACUGGGCUUGUUGUCAGAACACCUGAAUCUAUCCUAGAAAAUUCAAUUCCAAUGUCACCUAAAAGAAAGACACCACUUUCCCACGGCAAGGUAAAGAGGGUACAGUUGAGUGAAAAUGCUCAUCACAGUAGCCCUGCAGAGGAACCUCAAGAGCUAGAAUGCUCUAGAAGACAUGCAUGCAUCUCAGGGAAUGGGACAAAUGAAAUGCCGAGUGCUCAUAUGCUUUGUUCGCUGCUUCAAUCUUUGGUUCGCAUGAAGAUCUCAGUAAAUGAUGAAACAGAAAUAUUUUCGAUUUCAGUCUCUCAUGAAGCUAGUGGUUACAGUUUCACCCUCACUUGGUUAGAAGAAUCUGAUGAAUGGUCCUAUAAGCUCUCCUCGCUGGGCACCCUAGACAGGAUAGCCACUGAUUGGAUGAGGCAAGACAUAAGAUUCAGCAUGAAAAUGUGCCGCAUGUUCUUUGAGCGGAUAUCAAGUGUCAUAACAAAAGGAUGACGGCAUGCCCUGCCUAACCAACUUGUAAAUGGAAGCCUCCCGAUGUAAAAAUGAUUUGAUGUACUAUCUCAUUCCAGAACUGCCGUUUAUGUUACUGUAGGCCUGUGCGGAGCUCUAGCAUACUGGUUUGUGGGCGACAAUUGUUGCAUCUCUUGUGUUCCUGUUUCGGGCCAUCUAGAUCGACAGGAAACUGUCUCAUAUGCAUAAACUUGACAGGAAACGAGCUAGUGUUGCGGUCAAUUUUGCUCCAGUCCAAAUGGCCCAGAGACAGUUUUGGAAUUUUAAGUUCCUUGUGGACUGUGUAAAUGAAAUCGUAGUAGAAUGAUGUGGAAGCAAUGACACAGGCUACUCGGUUAGUUUGCCUGUUUUUUAUACAAAAAA